CUACUCAAGAAUUUCUGGACGCUCUCUUUGUUCAGUACCGUGUGUUUCUUGAAAUGAAGAUCCAGUGUGACGCCUGCCAUAACCACGAAGCAUCUUUCUACUGCGUGGCGGACGAGGCCGCUCUUUGUUCGGCCUGUGAUCACAGAGUCCACCAUGCCAACAAGCUUGCUAGCAAGCACCAAAGGUUCUCCCUCCUUCAACCUCCUGCAAAACAAGGCCCUCUCUGUGAUAUAUGCCAGGAGAGAAAUGGUUUCUUCUUCUGUCAGCAAGACAGGGCAAUUCUGUGCAGAGAGUGUGAUGUGCCUAUACACAAAGCAAAUGAACAUACCCAGAAACACAAUAGGUUUCUUCUAACUGGUGUCAAGCUCUCUACAACCUCUGCUGUCUAUUCUUCUUCAUCUUCAUCUUCAUCUUCAUCUUCUCCAUCAUCAUCAUCAUCAUCAUCAUCAUCCACAGUAGCAUUAUCAGCAAAUUCCCCUUCAAAUUUGAAGUCUCAGAACUCAAGAAUCCAGCCUGCAGUUAUUCCUCCCCCUGCUGUUGUUUCUCCAGCCAUUCACAACCCACUUUCUAAGCCUACAAAUAAACCACCAAUUUCCAGCACUGUGCAAGAAGUAACAGCUGCUAUAAAGGGAACUGGAAAUGGGCAAUUGAUGAAUGGAGGGGGGAAUGGUUCCACUACCAGUAGCAUAUUAGAGUACUUGGAGAUGCUGCCAUGGUACCAUGUUGAAGAACUUCUUGAUUCCUCUCAUGGUUUAUGUAAGAUUGGUCUCAGUGAUGCAUUUCCUCAAACACUUCAUCUGCAAGCUAACCAGAACCCAGAUUUCUCUGCUGCAACUAUUGCCUUUGGUGAUCAAAUUGGCUUUGAGGACUCCAUCAAUGAAGUUGCAAGCACCAAAGCCAGCAGAGAGUGGAGAAAUGAUAAUAAUAAUAAUAAUUCUUUUGCAGUUCCACAACCACAGAUCAACCGUCCUCCAACUACCUUCAAGAGAUUAAGAACUUCAUACUAGAAAAACCAAUUUUUUUUGGGGGAAAAAAAUUAUAACUUUGGGGGGAUUUGAUUUAGUUUGAGACUUUUUUCCCACUAGUUGUGCUCUAGCAAAAGUGGGUUUCUUUGAUCUUUUUUCGUGUCCCUUUUUAUUCUGCCUGUAAUCUGUAAAUACAAAUGUGUCUUUGGGUGAAAGAAAGAAUGCAGCCAAGCUUGGAGUGAUGAGAUUGGUCCCAGAAAAUGAAGUUGGAUCUGGGGACACAUAAUCACACAAGUCACAUCCUGCAAUACAUAGUACAUUAAUGGAAGUAACACUUACAAGAGUUGUUUGGUUCGUUAUAAAAUAUUU